AUGAAGGAUACCGUACUCGGUGUCGACAAGAUGGUCACCUGGAAUGGUGACUCCCGCUUCAUCGAAGCAGAAACCCUGGCGAAGAAAGAUAUGAAAUACCUUCUUAUAAAGCCCUACCCAGUGUUUCGGUCGUUCGGCAUUCAAGGCCGUUGCACGACCUGCUGGAGAGCCAUGGAUGACGAAGGAGAAGAGGUAUUCAUAAAGGAUACGCACAGGGACGUUCAGCAUGGGGUAAUACCCGAAUGGAAGAUGCUUUUAGCUGCGCAAGGUGCCGAGGGCGUUGGGCAGAUGCUGGGGUAUGAAGAAGACAUUUCUCUAUACCAUCGGAGAGGGUAUUUCCGCGUCGACGAGAAUUUCGAGAAUCCUCACCGGAACCUGUGGAACAGGGACAUUUUACACCGAGACGUAUCUCUCAACAACGUACUUCUCGGCAAGCCGAACGCACCGGCCGGGCAACGAGGAAUCCUCAUCGACCUGGACAUGGCGGUGAAAUUGGGCCCAUUAGACCGCCUGCCCCGAGCGUCGGACAGAUCGGGAACUCUCUCGUAUUUCUCAACAACGAUUCUCAGAUUUGCGACGAGGUUGAGCUACGACCCAAAGAAGUUAGAGGAUCCUAGGGACUACCACACGCACUGGGAAGACCUUCAAUCUUUCUUUUAUCUCUUAUGCCAUAUCUGCCUAGGCUAUUCAGGCCCCGGAGAAGAAGCCGAUCCAUACCCUCUCCUCCUCGAGGAGUGGAACGACGACUACGAUACCGCGCUAGAGGCGAAGGAAGAAUUCCUCGACGAUGAGGGCCGAGAAGUGUACAAGGCGACACCGUACUUCGGGGGAAUAUUCGACAGCCUCCUUAUCGAGCUGUAUGAGUUCCUUGAACGAACAGAUGAUGAAUUUACUCGCACACUCGUCGGCCUUUCAAAAAGACUCGAGUUCAUCACGAAGGCCGACAUCGAUGAAUAUGCGAAAACCCAUUAUGAAGAAUAUCUUACGAUCAUUGACCGAGCUAUUUCGGCCUUGGAGGCAGAGACGCAAGAGGUUGUUCAGCCCGCAGGUAUUACUAAAGUGUCUACAAGGAGGGCUAUUCUGCCGCAACCGGCUCCUACUGUUGUCGCGCAUGUAUUGGCGGACAUCAAGCUCAAUUCUCGUCAGCCUGAGGGAAAACGGAAACGAGACGCUCUGGACGAGCAAUUAACAGAGGAGGACAAUAUGGACAAUAUCCAGGGUCUAGUUAAGGCGAGAAAAGUGAAGAAGGCGAAAAAGGCAAAGAGCGCCACUUGA